AUGACCGUCCCUGCUCACUCUGGCGGCGCAUCUCACUCGCUACAGUCUACUGGUGCUCAGAUGACUGCUAUCGUUGUCUAUGAGAACCGGCGUACCCUCCCGAACACGUCUCUGCAUGUUGUCUUCGACUGCCAGCUCUACGGUGUCCCCAAUCGUGCACUCGACAACCCUGUAGUCGCAAACCUUCGCUAUUUCAACCGUGACCACUUGAACUUCACUACGGAGACCGGUGCUAUGGUUGUCAAAGCAGAUAUCACACGGUGGGAGCCUAAUGCUCCGCUUCACCUCAUGUCCAGCGAAAGCGGGGAUGACUCUGAGGCUGCUGACGCGAGCCUGACGGAGAAGGACUUCUCGAUUAUAGGGGACAUCAAGUGGGUCCUCCCGUUGAAGUCUAUUGGGGACGCCUUCGAUUUCAACAAGAUUCAAGCUCCCCUCAUCUCUGCAAGUGGAGUCGUUGCAUCCUCGAAAGACCAGCUCGACGACCGCACUCUCGGUGUUGACGGCAAGGUUGCAAUCUUUGAGUUCAGCCCCACCCAGUACACCUCCUACUUUGCUCACGACUCCGUACUCCGAACGCUCCCCAUCAAAGCGUUCUUCCGACUGAGCAGCAAGCGGUAUGAGCAUGGAGCCCCUCUUCCACAUCCCGGACGUAUCGUGCACGUUGACGGCUUCCUGUGGAAGAUCCACCGGGAUGCGUCGAGUGCGUUGCCCACAUGCUUCGUGAUUGAAGUGGAGGAUAUUGCCACUCUGGGACAAGGCACCAUACCGCAAUCAUCCGGUAUCUCGAGGUCGUCAGGGAAAGGAUCACACAAACGAAAGUUUGCCUUCGACCCGACUCUCUCUCUGCAAACUGACAUCGCCGAGCCCUCGCGGGAUGAUGUACAAGCUAACAGCGAGGUUCAGACAUCCGCCAUGCCUGUACCCGCCCCUGUGCAGCCAGCGGAGGUGACCACUGGUGAUUCCAUUGCCGGAUCGUCGACGACGUCGACUUCUAGCAGCACCCGUAGCAAGACUAACGCCUCUAAGCGUGCUCGAAAGGAUUAG